CGCCUCCCGAGCCCAAGCCCGCGGGGGCCGUCGGGCGAGGAAGGGGCGUGGACUCCCUCCUCCCGCCAGGAGAAGCAUAGACAAUGAAGGCCUACCUCAAGAGCGCAGAGGGCUUUUUUGUCCUAAAUAAAAGCACCACAAUUGGAAAACAUGCGGACUCAGACCUCGUCUUACAGUCUUCGGACAUUGACAACCACCAUGCGCUUAUCGAGUACAACGAAGCAGAGGGCAGCUUCGUCCUGCAGGACUUCAACUCCCGCAACGGCACAUUCGUCAACGAGUGCCACAUCCAGAACGUGGCUGUGAAGCUGAUCCCCGGGGACAUCCUGAGGUUCGGCUCGGCCGGGCUGACCUAUGAGCUGGUCAUCGAGAACCCGUCCCAGGUCUCCUACGCCUGGGUGCAGGGCCCGCCCCCCUGGCCUGGCCAGCAGUCACCUCGGGCCACCCUCCCGCCAAACCACCUGUUCUCACCGCCACAUAUGCCCUUCCACCAUGGCAUCCGGCCAAUGCCAGUGCAGAGGAGCUGGUCCCAGGGCUUCCCCGGGCCCUCCAUGGUCCCGCCUGCCGCGUACCAGCGGCCAGUCAGCGCCGGCGGGAAGGUGUUCUUCACCAUGGACCCCAAGUCUCCGGUCAUCAAGCAAGUGUGGGCCAGCACGGUGGAACUGUCAGAAGAAACAGUGACUGAAGGGCUCCCUGGGCCUAUUCCUCCCACAGAGAUCUUUAUGGACCCGGAACUGAGCCAGCAGGAAAAGGACGAGAUCAUCCUGCUCCUGGGCAGAGAGGUGAACCGGCUCUCAGAUUUCGAAGUCGAGUCCAAAUACAAAGACGCGGUGAUCAUGAACCUGCAGCACGAGGUGUCUGACCUGAGCUACCGGCUGUCCGAGUCGACUGCCUGCAUGCUGAGCGAACGGGGUGCACCCAGCAAGGGCCCUGGGCCCAGCGAGGCCACUGACCUCAGCCAGAGCGAGAUCCAGAGCCUGAAAAGCCAGAUCAAUGCCCUUCAGAAAGGCUACAGCGAGGUGCUGUGCCAAACCCUGUUGGAACGGAACACAGAAAUCACCUCCCUGAAGAACGAGGGUGAGAACUUGAAGAAGGACAAUGCCAUCUCAUCCGAGAUGGUGACAUCUUUGCAAAAAGACGUGUUGGCGAAAACUGAGCAGAUUCAGCAGCUGAAGGAGGAGGUCAACCAGCUGAAAAGCAAGAACAACGAAAAGGACCAGCAGCUGGAGGCGCUGGGCUCCCGCUGCACAGAUCUGAAAGAAGAGUUAAGAAAGGAAGAGGUCCAAAAGGAGCACCAUGAAGCCCAGGAGAAAGAGUUAAAAUUCUGCAAAAAUCAAAUACAAGACAUGGAGAAGGAAAUAAGGAGGCUGAGAGAGGAGCUGAAGAAGAGCAGUUAUGAACAGAACACAAUCUCCAGGACCCUCCGUGAAAAGAGCAAGGUGGAAGAGAAACUUCAGGAAGAUUCCAGAAAGAAAUUGCUUCAACUGCAAGAAAUGGGGAACCGAGAGGGCCUCAUUAAAACCAAUUUGGAAAGGGCAGUAGGUCAGCUGGAGCACUUCCGAACCCAGGUCAUCAAAGCCAUCUUCGGGCGCACGAAGCCGUUCCAGGACAAGCCCAUCACCGACCAGCAGCUGAUGGAGAAGAUCAUGCAGAUCACCGAAGACAGCCUCAGCUUCCAACAGAGAAAGUGGAGCCUGCAGGAGACACCACUCAGCAGCUUCAAGCAGGAGGAGAUGGUGGAGGGCAUUGAGAAGCUGAGGACACAGCUGGACAGCUGCCAGGCUUGCAUGAAAAGGUCUUGCCGUAGCAGUGACCUGAGACGGGAGCUGGACCUCCUCCGGCGCCUGGACAUGAGGCCACCUGUGUCCGGGCUUCACAAAAUCAGCCUGGAUGUGUUGAGCCUCUCCGUAUCCUGGGUGGAGGAAGUGGAGAAGCUCCUCAGUGAUAUGGGCAUCCAGCUCUCUGACAAUGACAAAGGGUUCUCCUUGUAUCUGGUUUAUCUUCUGGAGCAUUAUAAAAAAAUUAAAAGCCAGACUAAGGAACUUCAGGUCAAGGUCAACAGUUCUCAGGAAACACAGCAGUCUUUGCUGCAGGAAAAGCUGCGGGAGCACCUGGUGGAAAAGGAGAAGCUGAAUGAGGAGAAGCUAGAGCAGGAGGAGAAGCUGAAAACCAAGAUCCGGUUUCUGAAGGAAGAGAAGGCAACCCUGGAGGACAUUAUUUCUCAAGAGAAAAGCAGAGGGAAGGAAGCCUUGGAGAAGGAGCAGCUGAGGGUCCAAGAGCUGGAGAACCGCCUGGCCCACCACAAGGCUCUGGAGAACAGUGUCGCUCAGGAGAGAAGCAGAGCGAAGGAGGCGCUGGAGGCGGCUGAGGACAGAGUCCAGGAGCUGGAGAGCCGCCUGGCCUACCAGCAGGAGGCACUGGAAAACAGCGUGGCCCAGGAGAAAAGGAAGUCCAAGGAGGCACUAGAGGCUGAAAGGAGGAAAGUACAAGACCUGGAGAACCACCUGACCCAACAGAAAGAGAUCUUGGAGAACAGCAUCUCCUAUGAGAAACUCAAAGCAAAGGAGGCCUUGGAGAAGGAAAAGAAGAAGGUGCAGGACCUGGAGAACCGCUUAACCAAGCAGAGAGAGGAGAUAGAAUUGAAGGGUCAGAAAGAAGACAUCUUAAAUAAUAAAUUAAGUGACGCACUGGCCAUGGUGGAAGAGACUCAGCAAACAAAGACAGUGGAAAGUCUAAAAGCGGAAAAGCUCUCCCUGAAAUUAAAUGAGACGCUAGCCGAACUGGAGACCGCCAAGACAAAAAUGAUCAUGAUGGAGGAGAGGCUGCGGCUGCAGCAGCAAGCCAUGAAGGCGCUUCAGGACGAUAGGGAAGCCCAGAAGCAUGGAUUUGAAGAAGAAGUCCUGGAAUACAAGGAACAAAUCAAACAGCACUCGCAGACGAUCGUGAGUCUAGAGGAAAGACUCCAACAGGUCACGCUGCAGCAUAAGAAAAUAGAAGUGGAGAUUGCCACCCUGAGGAUCAAUGACCCAGGGCCAAAGGAGGAGGCGCCCCAGGAGCCCCUCAUGGCUCCCGUAUUGCAGGAGAGCGGCAAGGAGUUGGUGUGUGACAACUUGAUAGAUGACUUGCUGCUGGCUCAGAAGGAGAUCCUGUCUCAGCAGGAGGUCAUCAUGCGCUUGAGGAAAGACCUCAACGAAGCCCACAGCCGCAUGUCAGACCUGAGAGGGGAGCUGAGUGAGAAGCAGAAGAUGGAGCUGGAGCGAUAUAUGACCAUGGUCCAGCAGCAGAGCAAGGAGCUGAGCAUGCUCCGGAUGAAGAUGGUGCAGAUGAGCAGCAUGGUGGACAAGAAGGACAGGGAGAUCAGGAUUCUCAAGGAGGCACUCAGGGCUUCCCAAGACAAAACCGUACUCCAGCUGAGCAUGGAGAAGGACCCCAAGCCCCGCAAAUCCACCCAGAAAUGUGACAUCUCCUUACAGAUAGAACCUAUCCACCCAGACGUGUUCUCCAGCAGCCAAGAGGAACAAUCCUUCAGCGACCUGGGGGCAAAGUGCAAAGGAUCUCGCCAUGAGGAAGUCAUUCAGCGGCAAAAGAAAGCCUUGUCCGAACUCCGAAUGCGGAUCAAAGAAUUGGAGGCCAGCCUGCCCAAUCAUAAGGACCACCUGAGUGAAUCAGUUCUAGAAUUAAAGCCUCUCAGAAUGGAAAAAAACGUCCAGAAAAUAUUAUUAGACGCAAACCCCGAUUUGCCAGCUCUCUCAAGAAUAGAGAUACAAGCGUCCCAGAAUGGCUACUCCAACUUAGGCUGCGGCUCUGUCAUGGAGAAGUCAGGGAAAUCGGAAGUGGCCGAGGCCUUAGAUCUCAGUGAAAAGCUGUACAUGGACAUGAGCAGAACCCUCGGGAGCCUGAUGAACAUCAAGGAAAUGUCAGGCCACGUGUCCAUGAGACACCUCUCCGCCAAGGAGAGGGAGAAAGUUCACCACCUCCGACAGAGGGACCUGGACCUGGUGUUUGAUAAGAUCACCCAGCUCAAGAUGCGGCUGCAGAGGAAGGAGGAGCUCUUGAAAAGCUAUGAGCAGGACAUGGAACAGCUCAGACAGAGCAAAACGUCCACCCAGACGUACCAGUCACAGCUGGCAAAGCUGGAGGACGACGUCUACAGAGAGGCUGAGGAGAAGGCGCUACUGAAGGAGGCCCUGGAGCGUACGGAGCACCAGCUGAGCCAGGAGAAGAGGCUCAACAGGGUCCUGAAGCAGCAGAAGGGACGUUUAGAGGAUCGUGAGCAGAAAAAUUCAAAAGACUCCACACCUUGCAACUGUCCCUUCAAAGAAAGCGAGAGGCAGAGAUACACAUUUGUAGAGAUGGUGAAGAACAAGAUGCAGAACUCGAACUUCCAGGUGAGCCGAGAGAAGGGGGAGACCAGGAAACCAAUUGACCCAAUCCCAUGUCUGCUAGAGACUAACCAUGCAGCUCACUGA